GCGGUAACAUCUGUUGUUGAAAAAGUUCCGUCAUGAAAGUUGGUGAUGGUCAAUAGAUCACCUCAUGAGGUAUAAACAAAGUGGAAAAUGGUUUAACAUACUUGAUAAUAAUAAUGGAAGAGAAACCCCAGUUAGCAGACUACGAUUAUCUAAUUAAACUUCUAGCUUUGGGAGACUCUGGAGUCGGAAAAACGACAUUCUUAUACCGAUAUACUGAUGGAAAGUUUAUAGAAGAAUUUAUAUCUACAGUCGGCAUUGAUUUUCGAGAAAAAAGAGUGGUUUAUCAUGCUAAAAAUCCCGAUGGCAGCAAACAAAAUCGUGGCCAACGUGUCCAUCUGCAAUUGUGGGAUACAGCUGGACAAGAGAGAUUUCGCAGCUUAACAACAGCAUUUUUUCGUGACGCUAUGGGCUUUUUAUUGAUGUUUGACCUAACCCACGAGGAAUCUUUCGUGAACGUUCGCAGUUGGUUGUCACAGUUACAAACGCAUGCGUACUGCGAAGAUCCUACUAUAGGUAAGACUCCAUUUGUUUUGAUUGGCAACAAGUGUGAUCUGAAUGAGCGUCAAGUGGAUGAAAGCUCUGCUAGACAACUUGCUGAAACACUAGGAAUAAAAUAUUUUGAAACUAGCGCCAAGACUGGUGAGAAUGUCAACGAAGCCGUCGAUGCAUUACUGGAACAAGUAAUGGAUCAAAUGGAGAAAUGCGUCGAUAAAGCAACUCUUCCUCCCGGCUUAACAAAUGGAGUUGAGAGAGGUCACAAACUACAAGAGGUAGAUGAAGCCCAUGAAGAAAGCAAAAAUGGAUGCGGUUGUUAGCAAAUUGUCUGUUGCGAUGUCUUUUUUAAAGUUCUUUGAAAUGAUGCGACUUCAGUGUUAGUCGAAAUGGUAGACACGCCAACAUUUUUCUACCGAUGCAGUGUUACAAACAUUAUAUUCAUCAGAAGAGACUCCGUCGAGUUAUUCAAUUCUUCCUUAUUUAGAAUCAGUUGGCUAUAUUACUAUAGACUUCUGACCAAUAGAUAUUUUUUUCGGUUGUCUUAAAGUGAUCGAAAAUUCUUAACAUUUAUUUUUGAUAUACUGUGUUGAUGUGUUUCUACUAACCACUGGCUUUGGCAAUUUUUAACUCCAUAUACGAAGAUUUUCCUCUUCUAAUAAGACAUUUUGUCUUUUAAAAAGUCUGACUUAUUUAGCAAGGUUUUUCUUGUUACUGAUUUUUGUUGAAGGCCUAAGUAGGAUGACAAAAAAUAUCUUGUCUAUAUUCAACUGUGUCAUUGGCAGAACAGAUUUUCUCUUUCAAACGUUUUUCUUUUCGCCAAAAACGCAACGAAUUUAGCGACUGUUUACGUUCGCGAAAAGAUUCUUCUCGGGCAGUAUUUGUUUUUUAUUUUGUAAUAGAAAUGUAUAUUAUUUCAUAUUUAUUUUUGUUUAUUAUCUGGGGAAUAUAAAUGAUACUGUUA